AAACUGUCGUAAUUCGCCUAGCUGCAGCCCAAGCUGUCACACGGUAGCUACAUUGGAAUUAAAUUUGAAAACGCUGCUGCAGAAAUAAAUAAUGGCAGACGAGGAGAAGUUACCGCCUGGGUGGGAGAAGAGGAUGAGCCGCAGUUCAAAUAAAGUGUACUACUUUAACCACAUCACCAAUGCCAGCCAGUGGGAACGUCCGGUGGGAGACGGCCGUGGAGAGCCAGAUAAGGUACGCUGCUCUCACCUCCUGGUGAAGCACAACCAGUCACGGCGUCCAUCUUCUUGGCGGGAACAAAAUAUAACCAGAACCAAAGACGAGGCCCUCGAACUCAUUCAGAAGUACAUAGAAGAGAUCAAGUCUGGAGAGGAGAAGUUUGAGUCUCUGGCUUCUCAGUUCAGUGACUGCAGCUCAGCUAAGAGCGGAGGAGAUCUGGGAGUAUUCGGCAGAGGUCAAAUGCAGAAGCCCUUUGAAGACGCCUCCUUUGCCCUCAAAGUUGGAGACAUGAGUGGUCCUGUUUUUACUGACUCUGGUGUCCAUAUCAUCCUACGUACUGGUUGAAAGAAAGAAAACAACACAUACUGUACCUGUACUUUCCUCUUAAGUCUACAUACACACACACACACACACACACACACACACACACACACAGUCCAACCCAACCAGACCUGUGAUUUAUUUUAAUGAAACAUGGCACCCAAUAAACAAAGCUUAUGGGCUGACUUGCA